AUGGGUGGCAAGUGUUUCUUUCCAUUCCACUAUAGAGAUGGAAUCUUCUAUGACUGCGUCAAGUUCAAUGCAAAACACAAGUGGUGCUCCUUGAAUGAAACUUAUGAAGGAUAUUGGAAGUAUUGUUCUGAAGAAGACUUUGCAAAAUGUGUGUUUCCCUUCUGGUACAGACACCUGAUAUACUGGGAAUGUACCGAUGAUGGAGAUUCAUUUGGGAAAACAUGGUGUUCACUGACCCAGAAUUAUAACAAGGACAAGAUUUGGAAAUAUUGCGAUUGA